AUGGAAGUUUCACAUUUCGCUUUUUUCCCUCUCCAGUUUCGAUUCUGAAAAUCUCAAUCAAAUCUCUAGGGUUUUUCUUCUCUCCAUUAAACUGCCAUCGAUCAGGAAUCUCGAUCGAAUCGCAGAGCCGGCUUUAAAACAGGAAACAGUUUGAUUAUCGUUUUAUCGUUAAGCGAAGGAGCCAUGUCGCUGAGACCGAGUGCCCGGACGGAGGUUCGCCGGAACAGGUAUAAAGUUGCUGUCGAUGCGGAGGAAGGCCGCAGGAGGAGAGAGGACAACAUGGUCGAGAUCCGAAAAAGUAAGCGCGAAGAGAGCUUGCAAAAGAAACGACGGGAGGGUCUUCAGGCUCAGCAAUUCCCUCCUUCUGCUCUUCACUCCUCUGCCGUCGAGAAGAAGUUAGAGAGUCUGCCUUCAAUGAUUGCUGGGGUUUGGUCUGACAACAGUACUGUGCAGCUCGAAGCCACUACUCAGUUCCGAAAGCUGCUCUCUAUUGAGCGAAGUCCUCCAAUUGAGGAAGUGAUACAGUCUGGCGUUGUUCCUCGGUUUGUUGAAUUUCUUAUGAGGGAAGAUUUUCCUCAGCUUCAGUUUGAGGCUGCUUGGGCACUUACGAAUAUUGCUUCUGGGACCUCCGAGAACACCAAGGUGGUGAUUGAUCAUGGUGCUGUUCCAAUAUUCGUUAAGCUUCUUGGUUCUCCCAGUGAUGAUGUUAGAGAGCAGGCUGUGUGGGCUUUGGGAAAUGUUGCUGGUGAUUCGCCAAGAUGCCGUGAUCUUGUCCUCAACCAUGGGGCUUUGAUUCCUCUGUUGUCGCAGUUAAAUGAGCAUGCAAAGCUAUCAAUGCUGAGAAAUGCCACUUGGACAUUAUCAAACUUCUGCAGGGGCAAGCCUCAACCUCCUUUUGAUCAGGUGAGGCCAGCUCUUCCAGCACUUGAACGACUUGUUCAUUCAAACGACGAAGAAGUUUUGACUGAUGCCUGCUGGGCACUAUCCUAUCUGUCUGAUGGUACAAAUGACAAAAUUCAAGCUGUCAUUGAAGCAGGCGUUUGCCCCAGACUUGUGGAGCUCCUCCUUCAUCCGUCUCCUUCUGUCCUCAUUCCUGCUCUUCGUACGGUUGGAAAUAUUGUCACGGGAGAUGAUAUGCAGACUCAGUGUAUCAUUAAUCAUGGCGCACUUCCUUGCCUUCUGAGCCUGCUGACCCACAAUCAUAAAAAGAGCAUUAAAAAGGAAGCAUGCUGGACCAUCUCAAACAUCACUGCUGGAAACCGGGAACAAAUUCAGUCUGUAAUUGAUGCUGGUUUGAUUGGCCCCUUGAUCAUCCUGCUUCAAAGUGCUGAAUUUGAUAUAAAGAAAGAGGCUGCAUGGGCAAUCUCAAAUGCUACUUCAGGCGGUACUCGUGAGCAAAUUAAGUACUUGGUGGAGCAGGGCUGCAUAAAACCACUGUGUGAUCUCCUUGUAUGCCCAGACCCAAGGAUUAUCACUGUUUGUCUUGAAGGACUGGAGAACAUUCUGAAGAUUGGGGAGACUGAGAAGACUUUGGGUAACACUGGAGAUGUCAAUUAUUAUGCUCAGCUGAUAGAUGAUGCUGAGGGAUUAGAAAAAAUUGAGAAUCUCCAGAGUCAUGACAACAAUGAGAUCUAUGAGAAGGCAGUUAAGAUUCUCGAGACGUACUGGUUAGAGGAGGAGGAUGACACUUUACCUGCAGGGGAUGGUUCCCAGCCAGGCUUCCAGUUUGGUGGGAAUGAGCUUCCAGUUCCAUCCGGUGGAUUCAACUUUAGCUGAAGCUGCAGGGAUAUAGUUAUGGAUGGAUAGAGCUGAAGUUCAUGCAGCAGACGAGGUGGUAUAAUUGGGGGUAGAGUCGGGUAUGGGUCUUCGCACCUUUGAAUGUGUCUGGUUAUAGUCUGGUCCAGUGUCCCUCGUUGUCAAAGAGGUGCCUAGGCAGUUCAGUUUGUACUAUGGUGUCCAAAAUAAGGAACGGGGCUGGUGGGUGAAGUUUGUGACAGGACGGGGGUGGUCAAAGGUGUUGGUGAUUCCUCGAUGUGCGGAAUCACCACGCAAUGCAAACAGAAGUGUCCGGGGGAGUUAUAGCUGCACAAGCAGGAUAUCGGGUGUGGUGUGGUAAGGGUCGCUUAAAAUGCUAUGGUAUUGUUUUUGAGUCUCGGUUGAACUAGUAGUGUCAUUCUAUGAGAUAAUUUGAUUUGUAUUGCAACGGUGAAUAUAGUCUUUGAUAAAACCUCAUGAUAUGUGGGAAGAGAAAGAAAGGAUUUGUUUUUUUUUUUUUUACCUUCCUCUGGGUUUUUAAAUACGAUAAGGUUAUAAUUAUACCUUUGAAA